AUGCCCGAGUACGUCGAGCUCGUAUCUUCGUGCAAGCUCGCACAACACUGGUUCAAUAGCGUCAAAGGCAACUCCAACCUCCUUCUCAAAGAUAUCCACAUCGACGCGUCCAAAGCAGAACAAGAAUCAUCCAAAGCCCAUGUGCUUGCUAAAGCUGGUCUUCCCUAUCCCUUGGCCGCCGAUUCCAAAGUAAAGCGAGGUCCACGCUUUGCACAAGAGCCCGUCUACCCUCCUGUAAACGUUCCUAUCGUUGAUGCUGCAUUCCGCCUUACUGGAGUGACAUUUAACCCACGGAAUGUACUUCUUCAAUUUCACUCGUCGAGCUCAGAUGUGUCUAUUGCAGGAGAAUGGUGGAUGCAGGUCCAAAUGCUCACCCAUACCGUCGUUCAAGUAUACGAUUCAUCACAAUGGCGUGGUAGUAUAUCCAAGGUGAACAAGAAGGACCGUGGCUUCAAGAUUGGCAUGGCACUAGACUUUGGUGACUAUGUCAUGGCCUUCUUGACCAUCGACAAUUUAUUCCGAACAUUCUACUCGCGUACCAGAGAGACCCUUCCUGCUCCCCUACUCGACAUAUACUUCGAUUUUGUUCCUGCGUUGAACAUGAUCAUCGACUGGGCGGAGGACCGAGCGGACAGCGACCGUUCUGGUCUGGCUUCUGACAUCAUUCGGAAGGCUGCUGGAAUUUUUGUCGGGAUUGGAGUAUAUACCAUAUCCGAGGUUAUGCAUCGUGCAGGAUUGCUACCACUUCUCACUGAGAGGGAACUAUUUGAUGAUCCCUCUCGCUUUGCUCGUUUUGUAGAGUCAUUCUACUGCCAUGCUGCACGUGCGCACACCGACGUCUGGAGUCUCGUGAAGCCUUUUCUUCGAGGCAAGUUCUUUAUCUCAGUGCGAAACAAGGAUCGCCUUGCCUACACGAAGUGGCUUGCGGUACACGGCAAGGAGAAUGUGCUUGUUCCAAAGCGUUUGCAAGCACAGUAUCAGGAUCUCAUGUUGUGGUUCUCGAGUGCCCGCAAUGAGGCCGUUCCUCGUCAACGUAAUCCUGAGAGUGGGUUCUUCGACUUGGUAGAGCCCACAUUUCUGCAGGUCGCUCUCAAGAAAGACCAUAACCUCGGUGACCUCAUUUUUGGAAAAGAUACAUGGGUUGCUCAGGGAGGCAAGCUAUGGGUUGAUAACCCAUUAGUUGCCUACUUCAACCGUCGAAGCAUUGCUGUAGCUCGCCCGAAUUACCUCCAUCCUUCGGUUACCUCAUAUCAACCUUUCUUUCUUCCAAUAAACUCGCUUCGCAAAUCUUGGCUGGAGACUACUCUCUACUACACCUCCGAUAAACCUUUUUGGUGUGUGGUGCCGAACUUACCCUCAAAUACAUAUCCUGCUGGGUUUUCUUCUACGACAUCAAAGGGAAAAGGGAAAGGGAAGAAAACAGCCAAGGAACCCCCUCAGGUCACUCCCGCUCCUCGAGAGGAGAAGAAGAAGCAGCUGUUCGAUUACAUUGUCAACUACAGCAUUGAUUAUGCCGUCGGGCCACUGGACUAUUGUGGAAUUGCACAUGUCCGCCACAACCGAAUCAUCCUCUGUCGUAACGAUCCACAGGUCAGCGAAUACAUUUGCGACCGCCUUGAGCAGGGUAUUCGUCGACGUCAGCAUCUGCAACCGGGGAAGCAAAAGACUGCAAACCCGAAGGCAUUUAAACGCAAGAGGGCUGAAGAUGAGUUAGAUGAGAACAGGAAUGGUGACAACGAAGAUGACUCUGCAUCAGGGAAGAUGAAGCGUCGGCGGAUCUCUGUGGACAAGCGGUUGGUCCUUGGUUCCCUUCUACAGGACCAGGAGUUGGGCAAGCGUCACCGAUCAGCAGUUAAGUCGGAUCAGGAGAUUGACGGGUGCACAGUUGCUGAUGCUGAACUCACUUGUGAGAUGAUUGCUACAGAUAAUUAG